AUGGGACUUAAUUUUCUGCAGGCGUCUUCGCUUUAUGGUUGGCCGCUCGUCAGGCUGCUGGCCCCGUGGCUGUUGGCUUCAAUAGCGUGCGCCUACGUCGCUCCUCGUGUCCUUGGCUGGUUCAGGAUGUGGAAGACGCUGAGACCCAUGCCCGGUCCUUGGGACCUCAUACCCUUCUGGUUUCUGCUCGUCGCUAUAAAGGAGAGGUUCAAGUUCAAGCUGGAAUAUAAGGGCGCGACUGCGAAAAUAUUCAACCAGAUGCGUGACAUAUGCCAGGAGUAUACAGACAAAACCUUCAAGGUUUACAUCGGAUUUACACCAUUAGUAGUGAUACACACUCCAGAUGCAGCCGAGACACUUCUAACGAGCACCAGAAACCACAAAAAGCCGUUUCUGUACCACUUUAUCGACUCGUGGUUGGGGACAUUCAGCCUUCUUGUUUCAACCGACGAGAUCUGGCGUCUCAAGCGUAAGCUGAUGACUCCCGCCUUUCACUUCCGCGUCCUGGAUAACUACCUGCGGAUCUUCAACGAGAACGGCGACAGGCUGGUGCGCACCAUCGGCGAAGCGAUUGACGAAGCGCCCGAGGACCCCGUCCGUCUGUUUAAGACCACCCAGAAAUGUGCCAUGGACAUCAUCGGAGAGGUCACGAUGGGAGAGAAAUUGGGACUCCAGGACGACAAAAACUUGAACUUCAUGUCGUCUUUUAACCGCGUGAUGUUCCUAGUUUCCGUGCGAUUCUUCAGACCGUGGUUCUGGAAUCAAAAAAUUUAUGACAGCUCAAGCGAAGGAAAACUGUACAACCGUGACCUCGAAGAAAUGAUGGAAUUCAUACAUUCGAUUAUACAACGAAGAUCACAAGCGUCGCAAAGCGAGAAAUCUUUUCCGAAAUAUUCACCGGACGAUCAACACGACGAUGAGACUGACUGUUCCGAGAAUAAGAACACGCUGAUGAAUCUACUGCUGAAGAAACAUCGCGAGGACGACCGCUACACUCUAGACGACGUCAGAAGGGACAUUGACACCAUUAUCGCCGCGGGAAACGAUACUCUCACGACGUCAACGUGCUGGACGUUGAACCUGCUCGCCCACAACAGAGACGCUCAAAGGAAGGUUCAUGUGGAGCUUGACGGAAUAUUCGGCGGCAACCUCGACGGCGAGAUCACCGCAGACGACCUCAGAAAAAUGAAGUAUCUGGAAUGCUGUUUGAAGGAGUCCUUGAGGCUGUAUCCUGCUUUCCCCCUGAUCGGAAGGGUACUCGAUGAAGAUCUCAUCUUGGGUGGCUACAAGGUACCAGAAGGCGUGAUGUGCUUUAUAAGCCUAUACAGCCUCCACCGCAAUCCCAAAUACUUCAAAGAUCCCGAAUCCUUUAUCCCGGAAAGGUUCAUGUCCGAAGAGAUCAAAGCCCGGCACCCGUUCAGCUACAUUCCCUUCUCUGGGGGCUCCAAGAACUGCAUCGGGCAGAAAUUUGCAAUGAUGGAGAUGAAACUAAUACUGGCGAAGGUGCUUCGUAAGUACCAAGUCGAAUGCAAAAUUCCAAUGGAUCAACUCAAUGUUGCCUACGAAGUGAUCGUGAAAGACAAGGGCGGCAACAAAGUCUGGUUCCGAAGACGACCAGAACUCUGCCUGACUCUGCAAUGA